GCAUUCUGGUACUCGAUACUCCAGCACCAUUGGCCGAUCAAUAUUUAAUGCUUGGAGAUUCUGGCUCUGCUGGAGUCGUGUCAGGGGACCGUGGGAGCCAAUCUGCUUGAGCUUCUGCGUGAUAAUUAUUCAUGGGCUCCUGCCUCCUGCUCUUUCUCUAGCACGGUCCCCCUCUGCAGACUCAGUGCCUUAUUCAGUCUCCGCUCGCCGCGCCCUCGCUGCCGCAGCCGGACCCCUCUCCGCCGCGCCCUGCCUCUGCGCCUCCGCCGCGAUGGCUAAGACAGCAAUGGCCUACAAGGAAAAAAUGAAGGAGCUGUCCAUGCUGUCACUGAUCUGCUCUUGCUUCUACCCGGAACCUCGCAACAUCAACAUCUACACUUACGACGAUAUGGAAGUGAAGCAAAUCAACAAACGUGCCUCUGGCCAGGCUUUUGAGCUGAUCUUAAAGCCACCAUCUCCGAUCUCAGAAGCCCCUCGAACUUUAGCUUCUCCGAAGAAGAAAGACCUGUCCCUGGAGGAGAUCCAGAAAAAACUGGAGGCUGCAGAGGAAAGAAGAAAGUCGCAGGAGGCGCAGGUGCUGAAGCAGCUGGCGGAGAAGCGGGAGCACGAGCGGGAGGUCCUGCAGAAGGCGCUGGAGGACAACAACAACUUCAGCAAGAUGGCGGAGGAGAAGCUGAUCCUGAAGAUGGAGCAGAUCAAGGAGAACCGCGAGGCGAACCUCGCCGCCAUCAUCGAGCGUCUGCAGGAAAAGGAGAGGCACGCUGCGGAGGUGCGCAGGAACAAGGAACUCCAGGUCGAACUGUCCGGCUGAAGCGACGGAGGGUAUGGCACGCCCCACCAAUAGUAAAUCCCCCUGCCUAUAUUAUAAUGGGUCAUGCGAUAUCAGUAUGGGAAAUGUAUGACAUGGUUUAAAAAGAACUCAUUAUAAAAAACAAAAAACAGAAUCAAAAAUUUAAAAAAUCAAUGCGGUCUCUUUGCAGAAUGUUUUGCUUGAUGUUUAAAAAAUACCUUGGAUCUUAUUUUGUAAAUACUUACAUUUUUGUUAAAAAAUUCAAGUAUUGCAUUAUGCAAGUUAUUUCAUAAUCUUACAUGUCCUGUAACAGGCUUUUGAUGUUGUGUCUUUCCACUCAAAUGAAUUUGCGAGGUCUGUUCUUUUCGAAGCUCCCCAUGUCUAACUCCAUUCCCUUCCCUCUUCAUCCCAACAGAAGAUGAGGUCAGUAGACAGUUUAUGGUGCUAGAAACCCACCAUUGCCUAAUGACCUAGGGGACCUUGUAAUCUCCGAGCUUGACUGAGACCAUACCUACAUCACAGGUAUUACGACUCCAUGCGAACCUCCACAUUUGUUGGCUCAUAAUCUACUUACUGCCUAGAAACUAGAAAACCAGUCUGAGACAAACACCCAAGGAUAGCAAUUACUUCUGCUUUUACUGGAUUAUGUGCUACAAAUGUGCUUUGGCUUUAGAAAGGGAUGGAUGAGAAGACAGAUCUGAGAUCAAUCUGGGUAGAAGCAAAAAGUUGAACCUUUUGAAGCGCUGCACACAGAUCCGUAUCCCGGUGGUUCAAGCAGCCGUGACACUGCUCUUCAUACAGUGGGCUUUCUCCUCUAGUUUCAGUUCUUUCGCCGGAAUGAAUUAGUUGACGUGUCAGGUGGCUUAUUCGUGGAUGCCAUGAUUGAUGAUGUUCCUUUUACGCUUUUCCUUAUAGUAUGAGUACAUGAUGCUACUGAAUAUUUUUCCACUUGGAAACUGUGAGCUGGUUGUUGCAUUAACACACAAACACACACAAAAGCAAAAACACUGCGGACUUUCACUCAAGCUGGUCUUUCUUCCCAGUGUGAGGCAAUCCUGCCUGUUAAGAAAAAAACAAUCGCUCCAUCUGUGAAGCUGAUGCAGUUAGGGGGGGGCUAAGCAGGGCAUUUGUGCCAACUAAGAGAAUCACCAGAUACCCACCGUAAGUACCUGUCGCAGUUUUGAAGUUGUUUCUCCCCAGACUCCCAACUCCCACCCCCCGAAGGUUGCUGCCUGCAUAUUUACUCCUCAUUAGUGCUAUUUUCCUGUAUGUCAUUGUGAGCAAGCUGUGAUUAAUAAAGAAUCGGAGUUCUGUGAACUAA